AUGGUGAUAUCCAUGGUCCUUGAUGUAAGCCCACAGCACUCAGGUGAAGCAAGAAACACCACUGAUGACCUACAGUUUUAUUUGAUGCGACGCUACCCGAUUCACCACCUGGAGACAGGUAAACCUCUUCCUGGACGACCGUAUCAGUGGCCAAACGGCCAGGGCGAUGUCGGUAAGUUCAUGGAUGGGAUUGAGAACCGGGACAAGUGGGCACAGGAGCAUGGGCACCUCUACCGAGUCUGGGCUGGAAUGAAGCCAGAAAUUGUCUUACAGAAGCCGGAGCAUGUAAAGCUUGUGUUCUGCGACUCUGACCGGCACGCCAAGGCAGUGAAUAAUGACUCGGGAUACCUGAUGGGGGAGGUGCUGGGCAAGUGCCUAGGCCUGAUCAGCGGCGCACAGUGGCGGACACUGCGCAGACGGCGUGUGAGCAGCUACUUCGAAGCGUGUUCAUCGAUGCGAGCCGGACUGAUCGACCCUGUCGAAGAUUUCAAGUUCCUGCCCUUUUUUAUCAUCGGAGACAUCUUGUACGGGGAAAUGACAAGUGACAUGGAGGAAGCUCUGUGUGCUAUGUGCCCCAUUCGGGAACGGUUAUUUCAACUGGUCAUUCGUGGUGGGAUCGCCCGCUUUUCUUGGUCGCAAUAUCUCCCCACCGAGGCAGGUCGAGUGUUGAAGCAGUUUCAAGCGCAAUGGAUCGCUUUCAAUCAAACAGCCUACCGCCGCGCGCGAGACCUCGAAGCCACCGACACACCAGUCUAUCAGUUGUUUGCAGCGGUAGAUCGCGGGGAGAUUACAGCAGACCAUGCAUAUCAGACGUUGGAUGAAAUGCUGUUCGCAAACCUGGACGUCACCAUGGGCUCGCUCUCGUGGAACCCUGUGUUUCUCGCUGCACAUCCCGGCGUACAGGACGAGCUGUACGAGAGUAUUACUCGCGCUCAAGAAGGAGAAGGCAUCGAAAUGGCCGGUUAUCUGCAGAGCAACUCGACGUACCUGGCCGCAUGCAUUUUGGAGUCUGCACGUCUUAAGCCACUGGCCGCGUUUUCUGUUCCCCAAGCGGCACCGAGCGAGCGCAUCCUCGAUGGCUAUCCGGUCCCGGCUGGCACCAACUUCAUUGUCGAUGCCUACGCCUUGAAUGUCGAGCAUGGGUUCUGGGGCACAGAUCGCCGCGAGUAUAGACCGUCGCGGUUCUUACAGCUGAAUGCAGCCGAGACCAGGUAUCACAUGUGGCGAUUUGGAUUUGGACCUCGCCAGUGUCUGGGAAAAUACGCGGCGGACUUGAUAAUUCGUGUUUUUCUCGCUCACCUUGUACGGAACUGGAGGUUGGAGUUUCCAAAGGGCGAGGGCACCGAUUCGAGGGACUGGCAGCGCGACCUAAACACCUGGAUCACCCACCCAAAUGUGAAGAUAGUCGUAAGAGCACGGUAG